UAUGUCAGCAUAUUUUUCAAAUGGGAAAUGUGACAAAGCACUUCAUGUCUUUGAUCAAUUGAGAAAAAGAGGAACUAAACUGAAUCACGAUUCCUGGAAUUCUGUUAUUGGUGGGUGCAUGCAAAGUGGAAGAACAGAUAAGGCGCUUCAAAUACUUCGUGAAAUGCAGCAGUCGGGUGCAAAACCAAAUAAAAUCACAAUCACCAGUGUGUUACCUACUUGUAUAGAUCUAGGAAGCCUAAGAAGAGGUGCAGAGAUUCAUGGUUUUAUCAUUCGCUGUUUAUUUUUGGAAGAUGAGACAGUCUCCACUGCUUUGUUACUCAUGUAUGCUAAAUGUGGUGACCUGGAACUAUCCAAAAGAGUCUUCUAUAUGAUGCCAAAAAAAGAUACUAUUGCUUGGAAUACAAUGAUUGUUGGAAAUUCAAUGCAUGGGAAAGGAGAGGAUGCUUUGAUACUUUUUCAUGAAAUGGUAAGUUUGGGGGUGAAACCCAACUCUGUUACUUUUACUGGCGUGCUAUCGGGUUGCAGCCAUUCACAGCUGGUAGACGAGGGUCUUUUGAUCUUUUACUCAAUGAGCAAGGAGCAUGGAAUUGAACCUGAUGCAGAACAUUAUUCGUGCAUGGUUGAUGCUCUAAGCCGUGCUGGUCGCCUAGAACAGGCAUAUAAUUUUAUCCAAAACAUGCCCCUGAAACCAACUGCUAGUGCUUGGGGAGCAUUGCUUGGUGCAUCUAGAGUAUAUAAGAACGUGGAGUUGGCACGGGCUGCUGGAAAACAACUGUUGGAGAUUGAGCCAGAAAAUGCCGGGAACUAUGUUUUGUUGUCCAACAUCUAUGAAGCUGCCAAACUACGAGAGGAGGCCUCAGAAAUUAGGAAAUUGAUGAGAGAAAGAGGAAUUAUGAAACUUCCUGGUUGUAGUUGGAUUCAAGUGAAAGACAAAGUGCAUACCUUUGUUGUCGGCGACAAGAAUAAUGCGCAGGCUGCAGAGAUUUACAGCUUUUUGGCUGAAAUAGGUGAACAGAUGAAGUUAGCCGGGUAUUUACCCUGUACAGACCUUGUUGGCCAAGAUCUUGAUGCAGAGGAGAAGGAAUACAGUUUGUGCAAUCAUAGCGAGAGGCUUGCUGUUGCCUUUGGGAUUCUUAAUUUGGAUGGUGCAUCGUCAAUUAGGGUGUUCAAAAACUUGAGAAUAUGUGGAGAUUGCCAUAAUUCCAUGAAGUAUUUAGCCAAAAUUGUUGGGGUGCAGAUCAUUGUGAGAGAUCCUCUAAGGUUUCACCAUUUUAAGGAUGGGUUAUGCUCCUGUAGAGAUUUUUGGUGAAAUAACAAAUGCCAUCAAGUAUUAAACUUGAUAAGCUGCAAGCAUAAUAAAUCCUUAAGGGAUAUUUCGGGGAUCUAAGCUGAUAAUACUAUAUGAAGAAGAUUCCUUUUGUUCUUCUCCAAGGAAAAUAGAAGUCUAAAGAUGUCAUCAACUGUGACCAUGCUUGCAGUUGCAACUAAUGAUUUAGAAAUUUUGCUAGCACUAGCUUCGUGACAUACACUGAGCACAAAGGUUCUACGGCCUAGCCCUGUAUGCAAAAAUGUAACAAUUCAAUUCUAACCGCCUUUAGGCACCUCAUUGUAUGUCUGAAGGUCGUCUCUUCAGAGUGGCAAAGUUCUAAGCAAGAGAAGAAAAGGUGAUACUGCCAGGUUUGGUACCUGGGACUAUAAUACGAAUUGUUUAUGUUUGCCGGUCAAUAUUGAAAACAAUAAGAUGAUUGUUAUUCAUAGGAACUUAAACCAAGGAAGAGUAAGAAUUUAUAUUGGUUCCGUUGUUUAUUUCUCUUGGUAUUGAUUUCUAUCCAUCUGUCUGUCUGUUUCUACUUUAGUUGCAAAUUUCAUCUGCUUUACCAUUGCAUGAUCAAUGAUGGGCACUAAGUUGUUUGUUACUUAUUAGCUAUGUACUCCUUGUCAUGGUUUAAGAUCUCUUAAUGACAUAAAAAUUACUUAAUUGAGCACACCUUUAUUGAAAACAUCCCCAUAUUUUGAUGAUUGUGAAGUAAACGGAACAGCGAUUGAGCUCACCUUUGCUGUACACAUACCCAUAUUUUGAUGAUUGUAGCGUCUGGGGGACAUAGACUGUCAUUAAUUUGCACUUUGCUAUGAUGAUCAGUACUUUGUACUCUAUUCUGAGUAAAUACAAGCAUUACCAAUGUUUGUAACUAGCUAUCAGCAUGAAAUAUUACUCAAGCUUUAUAAUAUACAGCAAGAUAGUUUUUUCAAUGCUUGUUCAAAUUGAGUCAGAGAAAGUUUAACCUUGUAACUUACAAACAAAUUCAGACCAAGAAAUGA